CACUUGAAGGUCACCAUGCUAUCACCAAUUGCUAGUUCAACUUUGCAGGCGACUGCCAUUGCUGCAGUGUCCAAUGUUAUCGCACAGCUGCUUGAACAGCGCAGCAAACAGGCACAAUUUCUACGCUUCGUCAUCUUCACACUGCUCACCGCACCACCAAACUAUCUCUGGCAACAUGCUCUCGAACGUCUCUUCCCCGGACGCAAAUCACUAAAUCCUAACAAAGCAACACUGCCGCAUUACGAGGUUCGUGAUCACGAUGGGCUUCUGGGAGAAGAUGGACUGCAGCAACGCGAGGAGCCAGAGACACAGUUGGACUGGAAAAACACCAUGAUCAAGUGGUUCCUAGACUGCAUUACGCUAGGGGCCUUGCUCAAUGUAGGUGCUUUCAUCAUCAUCAUGGGCAUCAUGAAAGGAAGAUCGAUGCAACAGAUUGGAGGCACAUUGAGAAUAGUAUGUUUACUCGUCUCCANNGAUUUGUUCCAUAUUAUCUACGCAUCUUAUACCAUAUGGCCUCUAGCUUCCAUCGCAAACUUCACAUUAAUUCGUGUCGAGCGUAGAAUCGUCUUUCUCAGUCUGGUCGGACUAGUCUGGGGAGUGUUUCUCAGUCUUACCGCUGCGAAGCAAUGA